AUGAAACCUGAAGACCCAACCGUACAUCUGUUUGUCUAUAUGCGUUUUGGUCAGCGGCCAACAUCUCAACACCACGACCUCAAUGCCACAAUCUCUCAAGACAAAAAGUGUGUUUGGAUGCUAAGUGCACAUGGCAAAAGUCAAGAACAAACAGUCUGCUCUUUUAAUCCAUAUGCACCGAUACAGGUUCUAGCUGAGCAUCCAGGAAAAUACUUUCUUGGCGUAAAAAAUGUCAACGCCAAGAUGAACGUAUCUCACAAAAGACAGAGAAGAUCUUGUUUUGGAGAAAGGCGAGGGAAGCGCUCCUGCGUCGAAGUCAAAGAUCCACCCCCCACCCCACCCCAGAGUAUAAUUGUCACUGUAAUAAGAGUUUAUGAUUCCAAAACAGAUCAAAACUAUAUUCUAAAGGUGGCCUUAGGUAGUUGUGUCUACUGGUCAGAAAAGAUUGACAAGUGGAUAUCAUCUGGCUGUCAGGUUUUAGCAGCAUCGGAUGGAUUCAUAAAUUGUAGCUGCAACCAUUUGACAUUAUUUGGAGGAAGUCUUUUACUUGAACCGCAUCCUAUUGACUUUGACAAGGUUCUAGUCGAGUUCCAGCAGUUACCGGAGACUGGAAAUAUUGCAGUAGUUGUGGCUAUGGCGGUGCUUUUAUUGUGUUAUGUGUCUACACUCGUUAUCGUAAGGAAAUUUGACAAGGAAGACACGAAAAAUAAGGAAUUACCGAUCCACCUUCCAUCUUCUCCAAACAGUACAUAUGAAUACGAAAUAGUGAUUACUGCCGGGGCCUGGAAAAACUCGGGUACGACUGCCCAUGUUGCUUUGGAGAUUUACGGUUCGGACAGAAAAAGUGGCAUUCUUUAUCUCAGCCAAGAAGAGCCUGGUGCAGUUAAUACGUUAUUCUCUCGAGAGACAUCAUCAUCAACUUCGCCACCGCCAUCGUUGCCGCCACCAUCGCCGUCGCGAAAAUUUCAGAAGCUGAAAAAUGAAACCCUUAUCAAGCUAAACAGGAUAGAUAUCAGCAAUAGCAGCUCUUUACAGGAGGCUAGGAGGGCUUUUGAACUCUUCGUCACCGGUAUUGAGAACAUUACCAAAUCUGUUGAGAGCCUUUCUGGCACAGAGACGAAGACACUCAGAAGAUCCACUUUUGGGGUGGCAGUCGCGUUUGAGGAAUUUGCUCUAAAUUAUAGCAAGCUUCACACGAUUGGAAGAAAGUCCGCAGUGGUUAUCGACAGCCAUAGGAUGGGACUGAGAAGUCAAAACCUCUAUCGUCAAAAUGCAAGUGACUUCUAUUUUAGAGAACAAGAAUGGAAAGCAAGCAUCAAGGUCCCUUCUGCCAAUUUUGCGAACAACGUGUCUAUGUUUGUUGGGAUUGUUUACAAGGAUCUCCAUGAUUUACUAAUUGUAGAUCAACCCAUCGGGAUGAAAACGAGCAAUAAAAGAUACUUAGGCUCCAGGAUAAUGGCCGUGACUAUGGAUCCAAAACCAAACAAACUGAAAGAGAAUGUCAUCUUAAAGUUCAGCAACCUGAGGGUCGAUGGAGAAAAGAAAUGCAUGUUCUGGAGUGGCUUCAGUGAAGGCUCAGACGGAUUUUCAGACAGUGGAUGCCAAGUGGUUACAUCGAAAAGCAACUCAGAAGAAACAGUUUGCAGCUGCAAUCAUUUGACUCAUUUCGCUGUCCUAGUUGACUACAACGGUAUCCCAGGGCUCACCAAAGGGGACGAAACUAAUCUGGAGUUUAUCACCUACGUGGGAUUAAGCCUUUCCAUUAUUGGAAUACUUUUAACAAUUAUGCUAUAUUCCUUCCUCACAGAUAUCCGUCAGCCUCUAUCUCAAAUACGAUUGAGUCUUUCUGUGUCCCUUGGAGCUGGACAAGGGAUCUUUCUCGCGGGUGUUAACGCCACAGAAAAUACGGCUUCCUGUGUUACGGCUGCAGCUCUCAUGCAGUAUUUCCUGAUGGCUGCUUUCUGUUGGAUGCUGGUCGAGGGAAUUUAUCUUUACCUGUUUGUUGUUAAAGUUUAUAACAUCAGCGAAAAGAUGCUCAUGUAUCACAUCAUGUCAUGGGGUUUGCCCAUCAUAAUGGUAGGAAUUUCACUAUGCAUCUCCGCUGGAAAAGAUGGAAUAGGAAGCUAUAUCAGUGAUAAAUAUUGCUGGCUCUCCUCAACUAACAACCUGAUCUGGAUAUUCGUCGCAUUUGUGGCGUUUAUGGAAGCUCUCAACAUUUUUAUACUCGUCCGAGUCAUAAAGGAGGUGAGCAAACUAACGCAACCAACAGGAGAAGACAACCAUACUCAGCAAAUACAGCUUUGCAUUAAAACGUGCGUGGUGAUGAUUCCACUGCUGGGUAUCACGUGGGUAUUUGGUCUUUUGUUACCAUUGCACAAAGCUUUUUCCUACAUUUUCACCAUCUUCAACUCUACUCAGGGUUUCCUGAUUUUCGUCUUUCACUGUGUGCGAGACAGCCAGAUUAGAGAGCGAUUGAAAAGAAAGAUGAACACCAUUUUUCCAUUUACAGACAAUGGAAGGUCUGCAAAGAAGAAUUCACAAGUUAAUCCAAGUGAUGUCGGCAAUGCUUGGGCAGUUGAAUUGCAGUCGUUUCAUGAUAAGCCUGAGCACUAAAACAUUCCCCUUUUUUUAGUUGCUCAGUUCAGCCUAUAUAGUAUCGUAAUGUCAGUAUAUUCUGGUCGUUCUAACUCGACACAUUAGUCAGUGUUAUAAUUCUUUGGAAUAAGUCAUUGAAGUAGUGCAAGUGGUUGUUGAUAUUAAGGAGCGCGGUGAAUAGGGUACGUUCUUGGGUGUCAGCUACGCUGAGCCACGUUUGUUCGACAGGUUUCCUGGUUGAACCGCUUCGUGGUACCUGAAACUGCCUCUUGAAAAUUUUUCGUGUAGAGAGGACGUCUGACACGUCUGGAGAAGCAUCCGAGCAAAAUGCAUGUAGUCAUACUCAUAGACAAUCAAAUAAUAAAGCUUUUUUUUUCAAACAUAUUUAUUAAAUAACUAUACUACAUCGGAAUAUUAACCCAAACUAGUUUGCAGUUACAAUGUUGUUCCAGUUCUGAUCAUUUUGGCUGCAUAUUACUUUGUGUGCACAGAGUUGAAUAAUUUCAAUGUUUCACAAACUUUCGCAAAAGAAAAAUCUAUAAAAGCUACGUGAAACUUAAGGGAUAUUUUAAGUUCCGCCGGCUUUAGAAAGCAAGCUCGAUACUUUUUUAUCUCUUAUGAUUUGAAUUUAACUUUAAAGGGAACUAGAGUACUGGGGUAAGAAUGUAGGGCCUAAUAUGACUUUUCCGUAGAACACGUAAGAGAGCUUUGUCGACAUAAAAUUUGUUAUAACUAAUACGAGCUAUGUCAACGAUGAAAUAAAAAGCAAUCUAAGAAAGACGAGGCAAUUGAACCGGAACACGAUGCUGAAAUUUCGUAAUCCUGAAGGCCAUGUUUUCCUGCACAAACAAAAUCGUGUCAAACGUGCGCUAUUUGCCUAGAAAACAGCUUUUUGUUAUUUCCAUUUACAGAGGUCUCGAUUCACAAGUUAAAGCAGAAUGCGAA